AUGCCGUCCUUGGUGUGGUUCGGGCGGUCGUGGCGGGUCGGCUCCGAUGACUUCGCCUUUUCAAGCGUCUUGCACGCCAUGCUGCUCGCUUGCAGCGGCACCCUCGUCGCAUGCCGAUUGAACACCGCUCGACUCAACUACCUCGACGACUGCGAUGGCGCCAGUGUCAUGUGGGGACGUGCCAUGAUGAUACUUUUCUUCGCAAACCUUGUCAGUGCAGCCCCGUUUUUACUUACCGCAGUCUACAGUCUGCGCGGUGGCGUCUUUGAGGUCUCCAAACGGAAGAAGGUACCUCUGCUGCUGUACAUCAACACCGCCUUCAUCGCCUGCAUAUUUCUGCUUUCUUGCCUGGUUGCGAAGCACGCCAUCAUUGACGGUGAGGUCAGUUACUGCACCCGGGCGUCGACGCGGCACAUGUUGCGUGGCGCCAUCAUGAUGGAUUUCAUUAACUGUGUGCUCUACAUUGCUUUGCUCAUCGUCGCCUUCGACCCUAGCGGACGACGCGUCUACCAUAGUAACAGCGACUACACCAACGCGUGGUGGGACCGGUUCCGCAUUUGCUGCUGCCACUUCGGGAAGUGGAACCAGACGGAGGACGCCUACAUACACCUCGCACAGGUGUUCGCCAUUGCGUUUCGAGGGUACGACAUCGUGCCCAGCGACAUUGCCGCGGGCAUCCUCCUCUUGCACGGCUAUCAGAGCCGUUCUCGCCGAUUGCUCUCUCGUCUGGUCAACUACGGGCCCAACCCGCAGGGGUAUCAUGAGCGCCUGUCGAGCCAGGCCAGGCCGGCGCAGCGCCUCACACCUGCACAGUGCGCCUGGGCGCAUGAGCUUCAGCAGUACAGUCGGUUCUUCAUUGCGACGUACGGGUGGAUGCUGUUUGAGUUCCAGCACUUUGGCUCAGGCCUUGCGCGGCUCUGCUGCUUCGACCCGUGCAUGUGCUGCCGGUACCACCCUGGCCGCCACAUUGGUCAGCGGUGCUUCUGCGACGUGGCUGCGCUGCUGCACGAGACUCUCAUUCCCGAGGCCGAUGUGCUGCUCACGAACUGGGAAAACAAGAUCUUCAAACCGGUGCACUUUGUCGCCUACGACCGCAGCAGCGACGCCGUCGUAGUCGCCAUCCGUGGCAGCAUGUCCAUUGAAGACUGUGUCACGGAUUUCGCCGCGCUGCCCGUGACACUGUCGCUGCGCGACACGCCGCCCGACGUGCCUGUUAGCGAAUACUACGCACACGGUGGCAUGGUGCAGUCUGCCUACUACGUGCUCGACAAUCUCCGCGAGCACGGUAUUCUGCAGCAGAUCCUGCAUGGCAGCUUUGCUGGCAAGAAGGUAGUGGUACUGGGGCAUUCGCUCGGUGCCGGGGUUGCUCUCAUUCUGUCGGCGAUCCUUUGGUCUGAUCAUACGGUGCUACGGAACCGCCUGCGCUGUCUCGCCUAUGCACCGCCUGGCGCCACCGUUUCGAAGGCGCUGAUGGAGUACCAGAAGGACUUUGUGGCGGCAGCGUGCGUGGGCUAUGAUGUAAUACCACGUCUGGCGCAACACACCUUCGACUCCUUCCGUGAGGCCAUCUUCGACGUCCUGGCCGCCUCGGCGAUGAACAAGAACAUGGUCUUCAUGAAUGUGCUGCGCACGACCAAGCUUGCAAAGUCGUUCCACCCAUCCACCUCGGCUAACUUUCAGCAGAGGCGGUCGGCGGAGAGCGUGUCGCACCGUGAAUUCCUGCAGAACAACUCAUUGAUGCCGACACAUGAGACUCGGAAGCUGUACAACUGUAGUCUGAUGAUACACUACGUCAAGGUUGUCGAAGUGUGCACCAACACCUGGUGUUUACCGGGCUGCCAGCAUUACGAGGAGGUGUACAUCCCCGUCGUGCACGACUUCGAGGCGGUGCAGAUGGUGCUGGCGUCGCCGAGAAUGCUGACAGACCACUUCCCUGACCGUCUGUUUCGCAUUAUGCAGAAGUCGAUGGAGCUCUUCGACAAGGGCGAGCUUCAUCGCUUCUACAUGGACGACAUAUCAAACUUAGCCCCGUGGUUGGAGGAGGCCCCAAUGCACUACGUGGAGAGCGUGUCGACUACGACGGAGACUGCCUCGCUCGUCAGUUACGGCGCCGCGUAG